UACAGAGCGCGCUGCGGGACUGGUUAAGUGUGCGGGUGUAGGUUCAAUGGCUUGGCAGGGGCUGGCGGCCGAGUUUCUGCAGGUGCCGGCGGUGACGAGGGCCUACACCGCAGCCUGCGUCCUCACCACAGCUGCCGUGCAGCUGGAGCUUCUCAGCCCCUUCCAGCUCUACUUCAACCCGCACCUCGUGUUCCGGAAGUUCCAGGUCUGGAGGCUUGUCACCAACUUCCUCUUCUUCGGGCCCUUGGGAUUCAGCUUCUUCUUCAACAUGCUCUUCGUGUUCCGUUACUGCCGUAUGCUGGAGGAGGGCUCCUUCCGCGGCCGUACGGCUGACUUCGUCUUCAUGUUUCUCUUCGGAGGCGUCCUUAUGACCCUGCUGGGACUCCUGGGUAGUCUGUUCUUCCUGGGCCAGGCCCUCAUGGCCAUGCUGGUAUAUGUGUGGAGCCGCCGCAGCCCUGGAGUGAGGGUCAACUUCUUUGGCCUCCUCACCUUCCAGGCACCAUUCCUGCCCUGGGCCCUCAUGGGCUUUUCACUGCUGCUGGGCAACUCAAUCCUUGUGGACCUGCUGGGUGAGCCUGCCUAUCCUUUCCACCACCCCAAGCUGGCUGGUCCUCUCUGGACAUGCUGCUUCUUCCUCAGGGGAUUGCUGUGGGCCACAUCUAUUACUUCCUGGAGGAUGUGUUCCCCAACCAGCCUGGAGGCAAGAGGCUGCUGCUGACACCCAGCUUCCUGAAGCUGCUACUGGAUGCCCCUGAAGAGGACCCCAAUUAUCUGCCCCUUCCUGAGGAGCAGCCAAGACCCCAUCCACAGCAGUAAGCCCACCCAGGAUCAGCCUGACUCUUCUGGAAGGCCUCCAUCCUAUCCCUAACCACUGCUUGCAGCAGAGCAACCCAUCCUGGAGUCUGGGCCGGGGAAUGAAAGGGCUCAUCUGAAUAAAGUCACCUGCAGCCUCUGGAAGCACAGCACUGGUGCCCCCUGCCUCAGUCAGCCACACCCUCCCAUCCCUUUCCAUGCUUGCCCUCUGCCUUUGUCUGGUCUGCCCUCUCUGCACAACUGUAGGUAGUAGGAUAGGAGGCCCAGAGAGGACAAAUAAUCUGUCCACAGAUGCCCAGCAGAGCUUUGAGCUCACAAAUGAUAGACUAAGUGCCUUGAUAAAGUCUUACGGGCAAAUCCUAUCUCCCUGGGCCUCUGUUCCCUCCCAAUCAAGGGAGCUGGCCAGACCUUAGUGGCUGGAGCAGGACAGAGCCCAGUCUGUGGUGCCUAUAGGCUGAUGUCCACCUGGCCUUUCUCAUCCUCAACAACUCUCAUCCUCACCAAAAACCUCAACAAGUGGACCUCAUUUUCCAGCUGGUGAACCAGGACUGUGUCUUCUGCCUCUUGUGACCCCGGAGACUAGAAAAGUUUUGCCUUAGCAAAGUCCUGUGACUGGCUGAUGCAGAGACCUCUGGAGAGUUUUAUCCCUACCAUUUACACUGAGAACCUACGUGAGACUCCUCUAAUGUAGGCAUCAGAUGGCUGGUCAGGUUUCCUUGUUACUCUAGGCUUGCCUAUCUUAUUUCUGGGUGCUCAGUGCCACGGGGGCUCCUCCAGUCACAGUCAGUCAUUUUCACUGUAAUCAAACUACUUCUCUAGAAUGUGAACCUCAAUUUUGUAGUGAAAGUCGGUGAAGCAGCAACUCUUGCAUUAGGCUGGAGAUACUCAAAGGGUCCAGAAGCAGGUAGGACUUGGUGCACUAGUUUUUCCCAGACAAGUGGACCUUUCUGUCCUGCAGGAUGAGGCAGCCAGAGUUGUUUCCAUCUUACUAGUUGUAGUGACACAGGGCUGCCCCUGGCCUCAUGGAACCAGCAAACCCCUCAGCAAUGGAACUUGUUCAUUUCCAAGGCCAAAUGGGCCUGGAAUCUUCCACUUUGUUUAGGGUUUCCCAGUAAAGCCUGUUGUGCCCUGCUGUUUCUGGUGCAUUCUACUCUUUGAUAGGCCUCUACCAGAGGAGGUGAGAGAAGAGCUUUCCUCAGACCACAAG